AUGGGUGAUGCGGCAGUGCUCCGCAAGAGAGGCUACGUCCUGAGCGGCACCAUCGGGGAGGGCUCUUACGGCAAGGUGAAGGCUGCCUACUGCCAGCGGCUGCGGCGCACCGUGGCCGUCAAGGUCAUCAACAAGAAGCGCAUCCCCUGCGACUUCCUGCAGCGGUUCCUGCCCAGGGAGAUCGAGGCCCUGCGGCGCCUCAGCCACCCCUCCAUCGUCAAGACCUACGAGAUCUUCGAGGCCUCGUCUGGGAAGGUGUUCAUCGUGAUGGAGCUGGGGGAGAGGGGAGACCUCCUCAACUACAUCCGGGCCACGGGCGCCAUGAAGGAGGACGUCGCCUGCGUCGCCUUCCAGCAGCUGGCUUCUGCCAUCAAGUAUUGCCACGACCUGGAGCUCGCCCACAGGGACCUGAAAUGUGAGAACAUCCUUCUCAGCAAGGACCUCAGCGUCAAGCUGGCAGACUUUGGCUUCUCUAAACCCUUGUCUCGGGGCGACGACGGAAAACUCAUCCUCAGCCAAACCUUCUGCGGCUCCGCCGCCUACGCGGCUCCCGAGGUGCUGGAGGGCAUCCCUUACGACCCCAGGGCGUCCGACAUCUGGAGCCUGGGCGUCAUCCUGUACACCAUGGUCUAUGCCCUGAUGCCCUUCGACGACUCCAACGUCAGGAAGAUGAUCUUCCUCCAGAAGCAGCACCGGAUCCCCUUCCCCGAACCACGGGGCCGGACCGCGGAGUUCGAGGACCUCGUUUCCCGCCUGCUGCAGCCCAACGUGUCUGAGAGGCUGUGCAUAGAUGAAGUUUUGAAACACUCGUGGCUGCAGACUCCAAAACCUGCCAUCCCUUCCCCUCUCCCAGCUGCAGAGGAGGGGGAGUGUUCCCAAAACCCACGAGAAGGGAAGUCUGAGCACCAGCAGCAAAGCAAAUUGCAUUCAGCAGAAGGAGAAGGAGAGAAGGAAGUGGAAGGCUCCUAA